GUUGUCUCUUCUCCCCAGAGUGGGACUGCUUAAAAAACACAAUAAGUGUGGGUCCAAGCGGACCCACAUCAAUAUAUUUCCAGUGAGUCCCUCCCAAAACACAAACAGCUCUCAUGUCCAAAGAAUUUUCAGGACAAUAAAGAGUGGCCUUGGAGCUGCUGAAUUUUCACCAUUUUUUGCCUAAUCUUUUAACAUUGCUGAAUUUAGCCAAGGCAAAUGAAUGCGGGAUAGGAGUUUUGGCAAGGUUGUUGUGGAAGAGGAAUAAAAAGCCACUCUCCCACUUUGGAAAUUGCAGGAACUUGUGCCUUGCCUUGAAAAAGUGGGAACUGACACAUGAACCAGCAUAUUAGUACACACCCCACUUAGGAUCACACACUGACACAGCAUCUUUCUUUGAUUGACUCAUCACACGAACAAAGGCAGCAUAAAUUCUUGCUGAAUGAUAAACUGUGUAUGGUUUCAGAAAUGGCAGAGAAGGCAGAUAGAAUAGCUCCUACAAGUCCUGAAGGUUCACCAACUAUAAAGGGUUAUUCUCCUUUGAGAAAGGUAUUUGAUAAAAUUCUGGGUUUUGUCAGUUCUUGGAGAAGGAACGUAACUCCUCGAGGUGGAAGAAUUUCCCAUAGAGAUGUCGAAAGAGAUGAGUUCCAGUAUGCAAGUACUCCUUGUCUCUCAUCAUACUACAGUGUCUUCGUAGUUCGUCUAGCUAUCAUGGUCAUGCUAGCAAUUCUGAUUGGCCUUCUAACCAUUCUAACCUGGCAUUUCACAAGGAGUUAUACAAAAAGGUCACUAGACACCUUAGCUUAUGGCCUUCGUUAUGAACUUCUACAACGCCCCAUAUUACGAAUGUGGAACAUUUUGAAUUCUACUUCUGAAAUAACUACAGCCCAGGUUAAGCUGUCUGAGUAUGUAAUCAGAAGGUACAGCAAGCCAGUUAGUCAAGCAGAACAAGUUGAGCUGUAUCAAGUAAUGAGGGAUGUGACAUGGGCACUGUUUGCAAGUCGCAAAGCUCUCAAUUCCAUAACUAUAACUUACAGAAAUGGCUUUGUUCAGGCUUUCCAUAGAGAUCAUCGGAGUAACAACACGUUUUAUAUCUACUCCAAUCUUGUCAAUUAUUCAAUCAAUACCAAUGAGCCCUAUGAUGUUGAUAACUUGUCCUCGCAUCAGGAGUGGAAUGACCAAUCCAUUCAUGGUAACCUUUCAGCAAUUUGGUACCGUGAGCCACUUGAUCCCAUGACAGGUGAAAAGAAAGGAAAAGCAAGUCAAAUUCCACCGGAUGAUCUUAUAAAUAUUGCAGGCUUUUCACAAGUACCAGAUGGGGCAGCUUCCUGGCAUGUGGCAGUAAGCAAGUAUACAGAUUCACCAUUGCUUUCAGCAGCAUUGCCUGUAAGGGAUGCUUCCAACAAGAGCAUAGUGGCUGUUGUAGGGGUUACUACUGCACUCUACAGUGUUGGCCAGCUGAUGAGAGAACUUGUUGAAGUCCAUAGGGGACACAUAUAUUUGACAUCUCAAGAGGGUUAUUUACUAGCUACUUCCACAAAUGCUCCUCUCUUGAGAAAUUCAACAGUAGGACCCAAGCUUAUGAUGGCUGUUGAUUCUGAGGAUAAAAUAAUAAAAAUGGGAGCUCAGUGGCUACAGAGAGUAUAUGGAAACAAGUUUCCUCCCGGGCACAUUGUUCAUGUAGAGGAUGCAAAACUUGGCCACCAGAAACAUUAUAUUGAUACAUUUUUCCUAAAUCUAAAGAGACUGCCUAUAGUGGGGGUUAUCAUCAUUCCAAGAAGAGAUAUAAUGGGAAAGGUAGAAGAGAGAGCCUUUAAAACAUUGGUUAUACUGAUUUCUGCAUCUGUAUGCAUACUAGUAAUUGGAUGUGUCUGCAUAUUAAUUCUUACAAAUGGAGUAUCGAAGGAAAUGAAACUGAGAGCAGAGCUCAUAAGUCAUCUGGAUGCAAGAAGGAGGGCAGAGGCAUCAAAUAAUUACAAAAGCCAAUUUCUAGCAAACAUGAGUCAUGAAUUGAGGACUCCUAUGGCUGCAGUGAUUGGGUUGCUGGAUAUUCUAAUCUCUGAUGAUUGUCUGACAAAUGAACAAUAUGCAACUGUUACUCAGAUUAGGAAAUGCUCCACAGCUCUGCUUCGGCUUCUUAACAAUAUUUUAGAUUUGAGCAAGGUUGAAUCUGGAAAGCUAGUGUUGGAAGAUACUGAGUUUGAUCUUGGACGAGAACUUGAAGGACUCAUUGAUAUGUUCUCAGUGCAGUGCAUUAACCACAAUGUGGAGGCUGUUUUAGAUCUUUCUGAUGAUAUGCCGAAAUUAGUUCGAGGAGACUCUGCCAGAGUUGUGCAAAUAUUUGCAAAUCUCAUAAGCAAUUCUAUCAAGUUUACAACAUCGGGUCACAUUAUUCUUCGUGGUUGGUGUGAAAACUCAAGUACUUUCAGUGAUACCACAAAGUUUCCUCUUGAUCAGAAGAAGGCACGGUGUGCAAUUAAGCCAAAAUUGAGGCAUCAGGGGAACCACAUAAAGAAGGCCUCUAAGAAAGAAAAGAAAGCGAUUCUUUGGUUUGAAAUUGAUGACACAGGCUGUGGAAUUGACCCAAGCAAAUGGGAAUCAGUAUUUGAAAGCUUUGAGCAAGCUGAUCCCUCAACAACUAGAUUGCAUGGUGGCACUGGUCUCGGACUCUGCAUUGUUCGAACUCUGGUUCACAAGAUGGGAGGAGAGAUAAAAAUUGUAAAGAAGAAUGGACCAGGAACUUCAAUGCGGCUUUGCUUGCUUCUUAGCACAACUGCAGAUGGUGUGGAACAGCAUAGCCUAGUAGAUUUAGCGAGGCAUAAUGUUGUGGUUUUGCUAGCACUAUAUGGUUCCAUGGCCAGAGGUAUUAUGUCCCAAUGGUUGCAUAAAAUUGGACUGCACUCUAUAGGAGUAUCUGAGUGGAAUGAGUUAACACAGGUUCUUCGGGAGCUCUUUCAUAGAAGAAAACACAAUAAUGGCUUUGAAGCUCAGUGUUCUCUAAAUGAACCAUUAAAAGCAGAAGUUCUUGAUGCACGCAAUGUUCGGGGACCUGUGUUUGUCAUAGUUGUAGAUAUAGGGUUGCUUGACUUGAGCACAGAUAUAUGGAAGGAACAGCUUAACUUCCUUGAUAAGUUCUCUGGGAAAGCCACAUUUUCCUGGAUGCUAAAUCAUGAUACAUCUAAUGCAAUAAAGAUGGAACUCCGAAGGAAGGGGCAUAUGUUAAUGGUAAAUAAACCUCUAUACAAGGCAAAAAUGAUUCAGAUUUUGGAAACUAUCAUAAAGGAACAACAAAAGCAUAGUUUGAAUGCUGUGAGAGCUACAACAAAAGAUGAUGAUAUGCAUGAAUGUCUUGACAUCGAUUCCACUCAGUUUGACAAUGCCAGUUCUGAAGAUUCUGAUAUGGCUGAGAUGGGUAAUUCUAAUGCUCAAAAUGCAUUUGUUCAUGGAGGGAAGCAAAAGGAAAGUGGAAGGAUCACAUGUACAUCACAGUAUCAGACAUUUAAGGAGAGGUUAGUUGAUCUGACUGAUGUGCAUUUGGAAGAAAAUAACUUGAGGGAGGAUGAAUGUCAAAUCAAGCCCAAAUUGCCUGACACCACAGAGGAAACAGCUAUAUUGAUGAACAACAAACAAACACCAUUUUCAACAGUCUCUGAAAGUGAAAGUUCAAAAGACCAGGACCAACAAUCAGAAAUUAGUUGUCCUAAAGGGAAGGCUAAUUCAUACUCGAGCAAAGCUGUGAAUGAACAGAAAGAUCUAGAAGGCCUUCGGAUCCUCUUAGCAGAAGAUACUCCAAUUCUGCAAAGAGUUGCAACUAUCAUGUUAGAAAAAAUGGGAGCUACAGUUGUUGCUGUUGGAGAUGGAGUGCAAGCACUAAAUUGCAUGCUUAGUACAAAAGAGGAUAGAAGAGAAUCUCUUUUGCAAGAUGAAAAUAAAGGUUCGCAAUCUGAAAUUCAGGACUCCCUGCCAUAUGACUUGAUCCUAAUGGAUUGUCAGAUGCCAAAAAUGGAUGGCUAUGAAGCAACCAAAGAGAUUAGAAAAUCAGAAGCAGGAACAGGAUUGCAUAUUCCCAUUGUUGCAUUGACAGCCCAUGCAAUGUCAUCUGAUGAAGCCAAGUGCUUGGAGGUGGGCAUGGAUGCUUAUCUAACAAAGCCAAUUGACUACAAGCUGAUGGUAUCCACCAUUCUAUCACUUACUAAAAGAACAACAUAACUUUUUCUCCUCACUUGUUGCAAAAGCUAACAAAAUGUUUGUCUCAAGUGGUUUUUGGAUUUCAAGUUGGAUGAUUUCACUCAAAAUAUAAUGUAUGUUGUAUAUGUGGAGGUAUCAUCCAAUUUUCCACGUGCCUUGAGAAGAAGCUGGAUUUUUCCUUUCAAGUUC